GAAGUCAACGUCUUCUGCAAACGGUGUAUUUCCAGGAAAGUAGAGUCUAGUGAAAAGAUCUAUUUAUAUUGAGAACAUGCAGUGAGCAUGAGGGGAUCAGUUAGAAUUAAAGUUAGUGAUGAAUAUGGAGAGUGAAAGCAAGCAAGAUAAGCAGAAGCUGGGGGUCUUGGAUAUCCUCAAGGAAGCUGUAACAUUUUAUGCCAGCAACAUCAACUUCAUCAUCUUCACCUUUCUCACUUCCCUUCCUUUCUUUUUUGUCAUGGUUUACUUUGAAACUUUGUUCCAGCAAACUAUGGUUGAGACCCCAGAAAUUAUAUCACUUCUACCUUUUAAGGAACAAAAUUAUCUAUAUUACCAUUUUGCAUAUCAUCCUCACAUUUAUGGGGUCGUCGACACACCUGGUAAAAGUUUUAGUGAGGAUUAUUUGCCUGUUUUGAUUCAACUUGGAUUCAUUUACUUGGUGCCUCUUCAUGUUCUAGGGCUCUGCUCUGCGGUUGUAACUAUGGAUUCGGCUUCAAAGCUGCGCUCAGAAGAGAAUAACAUUAGUCUCAAGGAUAUGUUUAAAAGAUCCAUUGACAUAUCAAUAAUGAAAGGCACAUUUAUAACUUCUUUGUAUAUGCUCUUUUGGUCAUCUUGUCUCUUGAUUGCAUUCCCAUGGACAGUAAAUAACUGUUAUAUUUUCUUCAGGGGUUUUGGUUUCUACAUAUUAUUUGCAGUAAUUUGCUAUGUAGCACUUGCAAAGCUAUUGAUGGUAUAUUUGGAAUGGAGUGCUAUUUGGAAUAUGAGUUUUGUGAUAUCAGUUGUGGAUGGUAUAUAUGGUAUUGGGGCUUUGCGAGUUUCGUAUUACCUCAGCACUGGUAAUCAGAAGAGAGGACUACUUUUGAUGCUUGUUUUCUUCGCUUUGGGACUUUGUUUAAGGUUGUCAUGUGUCUCCCUUGAAUGCUAUAAAGGAGGGUACGGGAUAUUUGUACAAAUUGGGCUCCUCACUGUGUUAAAUACACUUAAAUGGGUGUCGUGCAUGAUUUACUUUUCUGAUUGCAAGGAGAGGAAAAUGGAGAAGAAAGUUGAUGAGGAAUCAGGAAAAGAUCUUGCAAAAUGAUUCAUGGAAGAAUGGAACUUGGAGAUAAUUUGCUGGGAAAUACUGAUGAAUUUGUUUUUAUGUAGAGUUAGUGUUGAGAAUUUGAAUAAUGUACAAGAUGUGUAAAGUGGGAAAUCUUUAUACUUCCAUGUGCCAUGAACAAUGUAGGACUAUUUAUCUGAAUUAUUGAUCAGGAAAAUAUUGUGAACAAUAACUUUCGUCAAAUGACAAGCUUACCAUAAAUCUAUUUUAUUUGCCUGUCUA